CUGUUUUUUUGCUAAAAUUUUUGUAGUUCGAUACGAAUUUGACCUACUGCUGGUUUUAUAAGGUCGGUGGAAAUCGGGUUUCGAUUGGGUUACUUUCCAACAACCAACAAAAACAUUGUAGAUAAAACGAAAAGUGUCGAUUGCCGAGAAAGCGAAACGUAACGAGAAAAAGUGCUGUUAUAACUCGAUUAGAAAGGAAGAAGUGUUCUCGUGUGCAAAAAUGUUGAGGACAAUCGCAAGCCGUAACGAAUGGAUUCUUCGCAGCGCUGCGUCCAAGGCAUCACGUUCAGCCGCUGUUCGAGCACUCAGUUCACAAGUCGCCAGAACUGUGCCCUUAAUCAGAGCCUCAAGACAAAUUUUGGUUGCACCAACUAAGCCAUUGGGAGCAUGGAGCGUGAAUUUGGUGCGUGCUUAUGCCGAUUAUCCCGAUCACAUAAAGGUAUCACUGCCCGCAUUGUCGCCUACCAUGGAACAGGGCACAAUUGUCAGUUGGGAAAAGAAGGAAGGUGACAAGCUGAACGAAGGUGACCUCUUGGCCGAAAUUGAAACCGAUAAGGCAACUAUGGGUUUUGAGACACCUGAAGAAGGCUACUUGGCCAAAAUCAUAAUUCCUGCCGGUACAAAAGAUGUGGCAAUUGGCAAAUUGAUGUGUAUUAUCGUACAAGAAGAAUCCGAUGUUGCUGCAUUUAAGGACUUCAAGGAUACAGGAGCCGCUGCUGCUCCACCCAAACCUGCUGCCGCUCCAGCUCCCGCUGCUGCUGCACCCCCACCACCACCACCACCAGUAGUUGUGGCUGCUCCCCCACCACCUCCACCAGCCGCAGCCCCAGCCGGAGGUAGGCCCAUGACCGCCGUUGAACAACGUGGUCCUCGCGUUUACGCCAGUCCAAUGGCUAAGAAAUUGGCCGAAGCCCAGCAAUUACGUUUAGAAGGUCGUGGCAGUGGUGUUUAUGGCUCAAUAAAAUCCUCCGAUCUUGCAGGCAUGGCUGCUGCGCCCUCGUUUGGUGUUGCCGCUGCUGCUCCAGUUGCUCCACAAGGUGGCUAUAUCGAUAUACCGGUCAGUAACAUUAGAGGUGUUAUUGCCAAGCGUCUCUUGGAGUCCAAGCAACAAAUACCUCACUACUAUGUUACCGUUGAAUGCCAAGUGGACAAUCUCAUGAAACUCCGCGAGAAAAUCAAUAAGAAAUAUGAAAAGCAAGGUGUCAAAGUAUCCGUCAACGAUUUCAUUAUCAAGGCCACUGCCAUUGCUUGUCGCAAGGUACCUGAAUCCAAUAGCUACUGGAUGGGCAAUGUUAUUAGACAAUUCGACAAUGUUGAUGUCUCUGUUGCCGUGUCAACCGAUCGUGGUUUAAUUACCCCGAUCGUCUUCAGUGCUGAUCGCAAGGGUGUCAUUGACAUUUCCAAGGAAAUUAAGGAGUUGGCCGUCAAGGCCAGAGAAAACAAACUCAAACCACAAGAAUUCCAAGGCGGCACUGUUAGUGUCUCCAAUUUGGGCAUGUUCGGCGUUUCACAAUUUUGUGCUGUAAUCAAUCCACCACAGUCUUGCAUUUUGGCAGUAGGCACCACAUCCAAGAAACUUUUGCCUGAUCCAGACAGUCUUAAGGGCUUCAAAGAAGUUAAUGUAAUGAAUGUAACACUCUCCGCUGAUCACAGAACCGUUGAUGGUGCCGUUGCAGCCAAAUGGCUACAAUAUUUCCGUGACUUUAUUGAGGAUCCAGCCAAUAUGAUUCUAUAAAUCAUAAAAUCUCCACAAGAAGAACUCAUUUGAAUAGAUAUUAUGCCAUUAUUACAACAACAAGAAAUAAACCUGCCAUCGAUCAUCAGGAGGGAGGAGUAAUAUAAAUACCAUAAAUACAACAACAACAAAGACUCCAACGGAACACUCACAUUUUAGAAUAAUGUAACACCACCAUCAUCGGCAACCCAAACUAAUAACAAUUACCUACACAAUUGAGGUUAUGUGCAAAAUGUGGAAACCACUCUUAAUGCCUAAUUGGAACUAGCUUAUCUAUUGUAAUUAUUUUAUUGUUUUGUUAUUUUAUGCCAAAAGCAAAGUACUACAUACAUAUUUAUUAAUACUAGUUUUUUGUUUAAAAAAAAAAAACAAAGUGAAAGAAACCCCCCUCAGAAACAAUCAACAAUUAUUGUUAUGCCAAUCAAUUUCCCCCUUUCAUAGAAAUAUUAAUAUGAAUUGAAAUAACGAAAUGGUGGAUAUUGUCAUUAAGAUUUAUUAACUUUUUCAUUUUAUACCUACAGCGCUAGGUAAAACUAGAAUGUGGUUUCUUCUAAACAUUAAAUUUGUUCACAAAAAGCAUUGGCAUUUUCAAGAGAUAUUAAAACAGAAAAUAUUGUUGUUAUGUUUCGUAUAGAAAACCCCAGAGAAAGUACGAAUAAAUUUAGUUACAAAAAAAGAAAGACACUCAGAUGAAAUUUA